ACUUUAGCUACCGUUCAGCUGCACUCACUUGUAUAGCUGGCUCAGUAGUUGUUGCUGCAGCACAUGGAAGCAAUGGCAUUUUGAUAGCACAACCGAACCCCUGUCCGAGCCGUGAUGGGAACUGCUUGAACUGUGAUGUGAAAUUGGUGCUUAGCGUACAGUCAGCAAGGCCACCAUGAUGUCCAUGACCUUUGGGGUGUCAAGCAAUGUGACGUUGCUGUUUAAGUCCUGGGAUGUGCACAGCCCUGCAGGGAUGGUGCUGUCGGUGUUUGUCGUCUUGCUGCUGACAGUCUUUUAUGAAGUGCUCAAAGUGUGGAGGGUGUGGCUGGGGAGCAGCUCCAAGCUGGCCCAGCCUCCGUCCCCGUACGCCGCCCCCCCGUCCAGCCGCAGCGAGAGCAGCUCUGUGCUGGACAGCAGCCCCUCUGAGUCUUCCCUCACCCCUGUUGAGACACCUCCUCAAACUCCAAGCACCAGGACCAGCUGGUUGCUGCAUGUCAUCCAGACGGUCCUCCACGUGCUGCAGGUGUCUCUGGGCUACAUGCUGAUGCUGUGCGUCAUGUCUUACAACACCUGGAUCUUUCUGGGGGUCAUUGUGGGCUCCGUCCUCGGUUAUUUCAUCUCUUUCCCUAUAGUGGACCAGAUGUGACUGUAUGGACUGAACAUGGAUCGUACCAAAUGGAAAACCGUUUGACUGGUUUGUGUUUUCUUCCAAUGGAUUGGCACAGAAGAGUGGAUUCAUGCGUACUGUGGAAUGAUCUGCAGAACUGAUUGAAUGAAUUGGAUGUGGAAACUAAAGUUUGGAUCAGGGUGUCUCCAGAGAGGAUGAUGUGGUUCUUUUUCAUUAAAGGGGUCUGGUUUUUCUCAACUUUCUCAAACAGUUGAUUGUGUAAAAAAGUUUUUUUGAGCUCCGGGAAGACGCUGCUGUUGGCUUUAAUUUCUCUUUUUUUUUAGUCUAACAAAGUGUAGAGGAUUUACAAAAAGAGAAGUGCACUUUGAAUCACGCACAACAGAAGUGAAGCAAAUAUCAGAGACGAGACUCACAGCUCACAAAGCCUUGUGGUUCUUUUAAAAAGUUCAUAUUUGAGGGACUUUAUGAUUUUGCUGUUAGCUACUUCUAAAUGAUCUCAACUUUAAGCAAUUGAAAACUGAGGUUUAACAUUUCUGUAGGUUUCAUUGAUGUGAAAUCUCAAUGUUUAUAUGGACAUGGAGCAGAAAUUCAGAAGUUUGAGGAACUGACUGUUAUUUUUGGCUCAUACAAACAAGAUCUACAAACUGAUGAGUCAUUUUCACGUGUCACAGAGGAAGGUCCUGUGACUAACCAUAAAAUGAAGAAUAAACUGCACUGUCAAGGAUUUUACAUUUCUUUGUGUUCUCUAGAAACAGAAUAUUUACAAUAAAAGCAUCUGAUCACUUGACUUGAUGUACUGACAAAGAAUAAAGCUGAUGAACUAUU